UGUAGUAAUACCCUUAUUUUUGUAUAACAAUGAUUUUUGAGGUUAUAUUAUGAUAAAUACUAACUUUUUCGAAUUAAAUUCGACAAAAGCCCUAUUAAGAAUUUCUCACCCUUACCAUAAAGUGGUAUGUACAAAGAAAAUUAUCGUAGCAGUUCUGAAAUAAAUAUACGAUGAGUUUGACUGGAGACCCCAAUCAGGGAAAUAAACCUGGCUUUCCAUACCAACCGUCGCCAUUGGAUUUUCCUCGAUUCAAUGAGAAUUCGCCAAGUAUAAAUCCAUUACUUUCACCUUCUGGCAUACCUUCAUCAUCAUUAUAUUUGGCGAACGAUGUGACACCUUUCAAAAACUAUUCCUUCUAUGUACCACCCUCGAAUUACUCCUUACCUUCCACCUCUUCUUCGAAUGGGUUUUCAUUCUCUCCCCAAAUUCCUGUGUCCAUAGAGUGCUCUACGAGUGUUCCUCACUGUUUCUCAUACCAACCCUUAAAUGUACCAAUGAGUAGUUUUGAUAAAAUUGGUUCGUUUGGCGGUAAACGGAAAACACAGUCUCCUUCAAAUGUUCCAUUAAAGCAGCAUAUUACCGAAGAACGAAUGGCUGAACAUAUGUCACGAUUGCAUAUUAGCUCACAAACUCCAAACUCGACCGAGACGCUUCCAACACGUGAACGUCGGUUAUAUAUGUGCGAGGAAAUGCAACGUUUACAAACUGAAUCUAUAAUACCUGCUCAAAUAUUAGAUAAGGUUUACAGGCCAUGUACCGCUCUCGUUCCAUGGACUCCGCCAAUAGUACCGCCCAUCUCGAAAGAAAAUAAUAACAAUGAAGAAGAACCUGAUAACAAUCACAUGGAUAUGGAUUCCUGAUCGCAGUUACGGUGGCGAAACUCUUGUGCUGGCAUUUUGGAAAUCUAGAAGCACUUAGAUUUAAUAUUACGAGAUGUAGUAACACAUAUAAUUUUAAAAGCGCAUUUUGUAACUUUACUUAUUGUUCUAAUUUUUAUUUAUAACAAUGGAUAAGCAUGAAGAUAAAGAAAGGGUGCAUUUUACUUAAGUUAAUUAGGAAGUUAGAUUAACAAGUGAAGUUCAUUAACUUAAAAAUCAUCUGUAUAUUAGUGGUCGUUUGAGUUUUGCUUUAAUGUUAUUUAAGUUUGAGAAUGUGUUCACUAAUUACGUAUUGUUUAGUGAUUCAUAUGCCAUUAUUUAUAUUGUCUUAUUUUUUUCAUUUAUUUUUAAAUAAAUCCCCCGUAUGAAAAGAA